UGAAACCAAGCUGCGUGAGACGUCACUUCCGACAUCGCUGAGGGUGACUGAAGUAGCAGCAUGGCCUUAAACAGUGGUGAUGAGGAGUUGAUGUGGACUCCCCCGUCUGAGGCAGAGAUGAAGGUGAUUGAGGCUCGCCGUGAGCGCCAGGACAAGAUCACCAAGCUGAUGGGGGACUACUUGCUGAAAGGUUACAAGAUGCUCGCAGACAGUUGUCUGGAGUGUGGAACUGUCCUCCUUCAAGACAAGAAGCAGAAGAACUACUGCGUCGCGUGUCAGGAGCUGGAUUCCGAUGUGGACAAAGAUAACCCAGCUUUGAACCCGCAAGCGGCCCUGUCUCAGGUUCGGGAGCGACAGCGCGUCCUCAACGGGCAGGAGGAGCCACUGUGUUCCCGCUCCACUCCGGAACUCUCGCUCGAAGCCAGGUCUCUGCCCGCCCCUUGCCAGGAGCCCCCCGAGCUGGCCCCUCCCCGGGCCGAAGGCGACGCGCCCUUGGGGCCGGCCCGCCCGGGAACCCCCCGCGCCGGUGCCCGCCGGGAGGCCGAGCGGGUGCUCCUGCAAAGGCUGGCGUGGGCCUGCAGUGAGCUGGAGCGGGCCUGCUCAGUGGAGUACAGCUCUCAGCUCUGCCUCUUGAUCAGGAACUGUGCCGACGCGCUGCACAGCUUGAAGCGGCUGGCCUAGUCGCCCUCUGGGACUCUGGGGGAGCGGCACUCUGUCAGAGGUCCAUGCCCUGAAUCUGCCAGCGUGCCGUGGCACACCAGGGUUUCGGGGGGAGGGUGCUAAUCUCUGUUUCAUUGGCUCCGGGUGCACCCUCCAAGCCACAGAAAAGUCCUCCUCUGAUUUUCAGCCAUAUUUAACUUUGCACUUCUGGGGAGCAAUGAUUUCUAGAUUGUCCAUGUGACAUUUAGCAAUUAGCUGUGGUGAAAUUUGGAGUAUAUUCUAGUCUGCCUCCCUCAGUGUUGGAGACACCAUCAUUUAAACAGUCUCCUAACCCAGUCCAAUAGCCUUUCACAUUCUCCCUUGUCCGAUAUCUCUCGAACUAAUAAACAGAACCGUCAGCGCCCCCCCCACCCUGGUCGUUCAUUUUGAAAACUGUUUAAUCUUUAGUGUUUUGGAGCCUGUAGGAUAUUUCCUGGAGGUUUGACAUUCCUCCUGUGGUCCUGGAGUGUUAUGGGAAAUCCUGUCUGGAAUUGAAUAGAUUUUGAAAGUUUGCACAGUUGUUUUUGGGUGGGGGGGGGCGGUGUUCAAAGGUCAGUAAGACACAUUAACCUUUGGGUCUGGAGCUCAACACCUGCCCACCCAGAGGAUGAAAAUUCUUGCUGAUUAUGGGAGCUUUACUCUGUAUCUAACCCCGUGCUGUCCCUGUCCUGGGAGUGUUUGAUGGGGGACAGUGUAGAGGGAGCUUGACUCUGUAUCUAACCCCGUGCUGUCCCUGUCCUGGGAGUGUUUGAUGGGGGACAGUGUGGAGGGAGCUUUACUCUGUAUCUAACCCCGUGCUGUCCCUAUUCUGGGAGUGUUUGAUGGACAGUGUACAGGGAGCUUUAUUCUGUAUCUAACCCUGCACUGUGCCUAUCCUGGGGAGUGUUUAAUGGGGGACAGCGCAGGGAGGGCUUUACUCUGUAUCUAACCCUAUGCUGUCCCAGUCCUGGAGAGUGUUUGAUGGGGGACAGUGAAGAGGGAGCUUUACUCUAUCUAAUCUCACAAUGUACCUCACCUAGGGGUGUUUGAGUGGGUCACUGUAGAGGUGGCUUUACUUUCAGUUUAAAAGAGUAGAGGGACUGUUUACCCUGUAUCCAUCCCUGUGCUGUACCUACUUUGGGAGUGUUUGCCUAACAGCAGGUCAGUGCUGGGAUUUUUGACCUCUAGUUCCGUCUGAAUCAUUCCAAGGAGUAGAGAGAUGGAAUUGUAGAGGGGAGUUGGAUUACAUUUUAAAAUGAUUUAGGUCAAACUGAUGGCUAAGGUUGUGGCUCAUGCUAGUACCAUGAGGAUUCCCCUUUGGAAUCUACAUCUCAGUUAGAUGUUGCACUGUGUGGAGAUACCUUUUGGAUCCUAAGCUGUUCCACAGCACACUGAGCCCAUGCUGGGAUUGAUGGGACUCUGUAUGGUCACCAGAGAUAGUUCCCUCUUCCCUACACUUCCACCCAACUCCACUGGAAAUGUUGUUUUGUUUUUGUAUUUUGGUUUAAAUUAAUAAAGUAUUUGCGUUUC